UAUGUUUCUUCUGCGAGGCUCAGGGUCCCUCUGCUUGCAUUGGCACCGACGCGGUGGUCUUUUGCGCAGCUGUUCCUCGCGGUUUCUCUCCACGAAGUCCUACGCGCCACUUCGCAUUCUCUUCUGCGGCUCGGAUGACUUCAGUAUAGCUUCCCUGAAAGCUCUCCACGAGGAGCAUGUGAAUCGACCGGACCGGAUCGCGUCCAUUGAGGUCGCCUGCAGACCGGGGAAACGAUUCGGGAGGGGGUUGAAGAAGAUACGUGAAGUUCCAAUUAAAGCAGCCGCCCAGGAAUUAUCGCUUCCUAUCCAUGAAAUCGAUACAUUUAAAGGCUGGAAACUGCCUAUGCUGCACGGCGAUCCCAUUAACUUGAUCGUAGCCGUUUCGUUUGGGCUAUUCGUGCCACCACGCUUGCUUAACGAGGCGCAUUACGGGGGACUGAAUGUCCAUCCCUCGUUACUCCCAGAUUUCCGUGGCCCUGCACCGCUGCACCAUACACUCCUGGCCGAUAGAAGCAGGACCGGCGUUACCCUCCAGACCUUAGACCCCACGCAAUUCGACCAUGGCGUGAUUCUCGCCCAAACACCUUCUCCCGGACUUGAAGUCCCCGAGCAUUGCACCGUUCCGAAUCUUUUGGACAUUGUUACCCCGAAGGCGGCCCAGAUUCUUGUUGAUGGCAUUAGGAAUGGGCUCUUCGUUCGUCCGCUGGAGGAUGUCGGCUGGCGCAAACCCGAGACGGAGGGGUCCCUGAUCCAUGCAGGCAAGAUACGACCGGAAGACAGACAUAUCGACUGGGCCAACUGGACGUGGGCGGAGAUCAGCAAACGGAACCGCGUGGUGGGCCCACUUUGGAGUAACGCUCUGGUCGCCAGUGGCGAUCCCACCGGUGCUCAAUCUUUCCGUCAGCGACGAGUGAUCUUUACGGAUAUUGAAAAAGUUGAGCCGUCUCCGGAUCCUCGCGGAUUUGCCGUCGUGCCUGGAUUGCCUUUUGUAGACGGCAUUUCUCCAUUCGAGCCUCGACAGGGCAAAGGCCUCUACGUCUUCACUCAGGAAGGAAGCCUGUUGCGUGUGAACCAGAUCAAGGUGGAAGGAGAGCCAAAUGCCGAUGCUCUCACGGCUGCGCUUAAGGCUCGAAUGGUUGGCGAUCGAACAUUCCAAUCGGGCGCCUCCCAAUAUACAUCGUUCUACGAACAUCUACGAUGAAAGCAAAAAGAAAAAGGGAAUCAAUCAUCUCUGCUCACAACUGAUACCAUAAUAAUAAUAGAAUGCUGAAUUGGCCUUUGAAAGUGCGCUCGCCAGCGACGAGUUUGUUUCUAAUUUCCAGACGCAUUUGAUCAUUUUAUAGC